GACAUGAUAUCAUGCCGGGGCGGAGAGGGAGGAUGAAUUGGCGGCGGGGAUGAAUUUGAGCUGACAGAAGGUGGCGUUCGGAGAGGAAAGAGAGGCAAAGGAAAGGCGACCACAGUUCCCAUGAUGCCUGGAGGGGAACUACGUUUCCCAUGAUGCCUCCGAGAAGGGGCGUAAGGACGAAAGACUGCAAGUCCCGCGAUGCUCUCAGCGGGCAGGUGGCGGAGAUCGGACCGGAAGACGCUCUCGGGGGUUGAGGAGUCGGGUGUCGGGUACUGAGCCACCAAAAGUCGAGUAUGAAACUGUAUUGCCUGUCAGGGCACCCAACCUUACCAUGCAAUGUGCUCAAGUUCAAAUCAACCACAAUUAUGUUGGACUGCGGACUGGACAUGACUUCCACUCUCAGUUUUCUUCCUUUGCCACUUGUUCAAAGUCCCAGGCUAUCUAAUCUUCCUGGCUGGUCCCUGAAGGAUGGAAGUGCUUUCUUGGACAAGGAGCUAAAGGAGUGCUCGGGUCAUGUAUUUGUGGAUUCUGUGCCUGAAUUCUGUUUACCAGAGACUGAGCUAAUAGAUCUGUCUACGGUAGAUGUGAUUCUCAUCUCUAACUAUCACUGUAUGAUGGCGCUGCCCUACAUCACUGAGCACACCGGAUUCACGGGCACAGUGUAUGCCACAGAGCCCACCGUUCAGAUCGGCAGGCUUCUCAUGGAAGAGCUGGUGAAUUUCAUUGAAAGAGUGCCAAAGGCCCAGUCUGCCUCCUUGUGGAAGAAUAAGGAUAUUCAGAGGCUGCUACCUUCUCCUCUUAAGGAUGCCGUGGAAGUAUCAACCUGGAGAAGAUGCUACACCAUGCAAGAGGUGAACUCUGCCCUUAGUAAAAUCCAACUGGUGGGAUAUUCACAGAAAAUUGAGCUCUUUGGUGCAGUCCUGGUGACUCCUCUGAGCUCUGGCUAUGCCCUGGGAAGCUCCAACUGGAUCAUCCAGUCUCAUUAUGAAAAAGUAUCUUAUGUCUCUGGAUCCUCCUUGCUUACCACACACCCCCAGCCCAUGGACCAAGCGUCUCUCAAAAACAGCGAUGUUCUUAUUCUGACCGGGCUCACCCAGAUUCCCACUGCAAACCCUGAUGGCAUGGUGGGAGAGUUUUGCAGCAACCUGGCUCUGACAGUCCGGAACGGAGGAAACGUGUUGGUUCCCUGCUACCCUUCUGGAGUGAUCUAUGACCUCCUGGAAUGCCUGUAUCAGUACAUCGACUCAGCUGGCCUCUCCAGCGUCCCCCUCUACUUCAUCUCUCCUGUGGCUAACAGCUCACUUGAGUUUUCCCAGAUCUUUGCUGAGUGGCUUUGCCACAACAAACAAAGUAAGGUGUAUCUCCCAGAACCACCUUUUCCUCAUGCAGAGCUCAUUCAGACCAAUAAGCUGAAGCACUACCCCAGUAUCCACGGAGACUUCAGCAACGAUUUCAAACAGCCGUGCGUGGUGUUCACUGGGCACCCUUCCCUCCGGUUUGGGGAUGUGGUCCACUUCAUGGAGCUCUGGGGAAAGUCUAGUCUCAACACUGUCAUAUUCACAGAACCGGAUUUCUCCUACCUAGAAGCACUGGCUCCCUACCAGCCGUUGGCCAUGAAAUGCAUAUACUGCCCUAUUGAUACACGGCUGAAUUUCAUCCAGGUGUCAAAGUUGCUUAAAGAAGUGCAGCCUCUGCACGUGGUCUGCCCCGAGCAGUACACCCAGCCGCCGCCGGCCCAGUCCCACAGGAUGGACCUCCUGAUCGACUGCCAGCCCCCUGCCAUGUCCUACCGGCGGGCCGAGGUCCUCGCCUUGCCCUUCAAACGCCGGUACGAGAAGAUUGAAAUCAUGCCGGAGCUUGCAGAUUCACUGGUGCCCAUGGAGAUCAAGCCUGGCAUCUCCUUGGCAACUGUCUCGGCUGUGCUGCACACCAAAGACAACAAGCACAUUCUUCAGCCCCCUCCCAGGCCCACGCAGCCCACGAGCGGGAAGAAGAGAAAGCGGGUGAGUGAUGACGUUCCGGACUGCAAAGUGCUGAAGCCUCUGCUGAGCGGCUCCAUCCCCGUGGAGCAGUUCGUGCAGACCCUGGAGAAGCAUGGCUUCAGUGACAUUAAGGUGGAAGACACAGCCAAGGGCCACAUCGUCCUGCUCCAGGAAGCCGAGACGCUCAUCCAGAUUGAAGAGGAUUCAACCCAUAUCAUCUGUGACAAUGAUGAGAUGCUCAGGGUACGGCUGCGGGACCUUGUCCUCAAAUUCUUACAGAAGUUCUGACUGGGACAUCUAGGCCACUUCCACUUCCCUGAAACCCUGCAGUCCCUUGCCGAGGCUGCCGGCACAGGCCACCUGAGGAAAGGCCUGAGGGGCCGCUGGCCACGUCUGUGUGGUGCCCUCCGGCUCAAGGAGUGGCAGGGUGGCACUGGGAGGGGAGGAAUCUGGAGUUACAGCCAGGAUCCCCAUUGGGAUUCCUGGCACGUGUGCAAGCAAGCGCUUCCCUUUAAGCUCGAGGCACCUUUCUUCUUGUCUCCGGCUCUCCUGGGUCCUGGGGAGCUGAGAGUAGCGGAGGUAUGACAGAAGCAGCUUUCCAAGAGGCUGAUGGGGGUGGAGAGGUAAGACCACGUCUGGCUGCCUGGCCUCUGUGGUCUGCUUGUUUUCGUGGUUCACAGCCUCAGGCAGGGGAACAUGGCUUUGAUUUUAUUUACUUGCCUACAGUGCUGCACCUGAUAAGAAAGACGGUCCCCAAAAAUUAGUAAAACGAGCCCAUCUGUCUUUUAUACUGUGAGCUCAUAUUGUUAAUAAAAGCUUAUUUUUUAUAGAAGUCUUCAUGCUCUGUUGAACCUGCAAUCUGUACUAUGACAGUGGCUGAGAAAUUGGAAAAUAUACAGAGCAGCAUGAACUUGGAAACACAACAGCAAAUUUUAGUUUGAUGUGUGCAUUAAAUAUAUAACCCAGCACAGUUUACAGAAGCCACAGGUAUAUUUAUUCUUAAAUUGCAUGAAAAGGUGCUUAGCUUUAAGCUCUGCCUGCACAAAAAAUAAUGACAAAGAUCCCUAACGCCAGUCUUAGCCUUUGAGAGGGCCGGAGCCAGUGGCUCAGGCUGUCCUAGUUGAUCACAGCUGCCACCACCCCCUCACAGAACCUCAGAGGCUCAAGGCCACAAAGUGUCACACUCAAGAUACCCACAGACCCACUAGUAGUCAGAAGGAUUUAGAGUAAAGGCACUUCCCACAAAAGGUGACUGCAUUUGAAAUAACACUGCUUCUGGCUUAAGCUGACAGAAUGAGUUGUGACACUCAUGCCAACGCUGCACAUAGAAAAUGUGGAGGGGGCGACAAGUCCCCUUAUGGGCAGCCCAUUGUUCUUACAGUCUUUUGAGACCGGUGGGAACUCAGGCAGAAGUCAGUCCUCCAACUCGGCUAACGGUGAAACAUCGCAGAGACUCAGUAACCCGAGGAAUAGCUAACAUGCACUGUAGAACUGAUUGAUGCCUCAGUUCUCUUGGAAUGAGCAUAUCCGUGGGAAUGAGUGCUUUGUUAGAGGAGGAAACAGGCAGCUUCAGUUUUUCCAUCUCCAACUUUUCAGAUUCAGGCACAGGAAUGCUCAAGCAGGUUUCUAUUUUCCAAGGUAUGGGUUAUUCCAAUCCAGGGUCCUAGGAUGUGUCGCAGAAUAAACUAGAGGCUUCCAACCACAGACAGGACUGACAUGACAAAAAGGCUGUGUUAGACUGGACAUUUAAUUUUUUUUAGGCAGGGAUUUAGAAAUAUCCAUCACAUGUAGGCAUACUUCCUGACAAAACCUCUGAAAGAAGUUACAUUUUAAAACAUCUUACAAAAUGCAAAAGAAGUAUGGGAUAGAGCCCAGAAGAAACCAGAAUGGUCAUGUAUGUCAGCGUCCUAGCCACGCCACAUCCAGGAGUGACAGGACUUGUCAAAGUCUGGCUUCUAUUAAAGGGCUUGCUUAGAGCCCCGGGCGCUGCUCCCUUGAGGGAAGUUACUAAAGCCACAAGCAGUUUGUAAGUACCAGUGAGUCAGCCAACGCCUGAUGAGCAGGGAGUAAUUUAGAAAUUAGGAGGUUUUAAUCAAGUCAUCACCACCCACUUAGUGGCAGAAGUCAGAGGCAAGAAGCAACGACUCACUCUUGAGAGCAGAGAGGAAAUCUAGAGCUGGCCUUUCCAGGUAUUAGGAGACAGGACUUAUGAAUAACUCUACCAAAGCUCAAAGAGUUGGGUGCCAAGCCAGGCAGGUCAGGAGGCCCAAAAGAAAGGGAAGAAAUGGCAGAAGCAGCCUGAGUGCUACAAUUAUCCCCCUUAUGGGUGGGUCCGUCAGAAACGCAGCCCCUGACAUCAGUACCGACCUGGGGAAGAAGCUGGUGUCUACUCAAACCCGAUGGAAUUCUCAUAAUUAAACAGCAGUUGGAAAAAGACUUUAAAA